AUGACGCGCUUCAGGCCCUGCAUCGACCUGCACGCGGGCUCUGUGAAACAAAUCGUGGGCGGGACGUUGUCGACCGACAACACAGGGCUGAAGACCAACUUCACCUCGGAGCAUCCCUCGGCCUACUUUGCGGAUUUGUAUAGGAAGAAUGAGUUGAGAGGGGGGCAUGUGAUUAUGCUAGGGCCGGGGAAUGAGGACGCUGCGAGGGAGGCGUUGGCUGCGUGGCCUGGGGGUUUGCAGAUUGGAGGGGGGAUUAAAGAUUCGAAUGCGAAGGUGUGGAUCGAGGCGGGCGCUGAAAAGGUCAUUAUAACUUCCUUUCUAUUUCCUUCAGGUUCGUUUUCUCUCGAACGACUCCAGUCCGUCCUCGACGCCCUCGAUGGCGACAGCAAGAAACUCGUCAUCGACCUUAGCUGUCGCCGUGUCGGCGAAGGUUGGCGAGUCGCCAUGGACAAGUGGCAGACCAUCACGGAAUUCGAAAUCAACAAGGAUAACAUAGCCUUGCUCGAGCCGUACUGCAGCGAGUUCCUGAUCCACGCGGCCGAUGCCGAGGGCUUGCAGGCCGGCAUCGACGAGAAGCUAGUCGAGUACCUGGCUGAGAUCUGCACCAUCCCGGUGACAUAUGCAGGCGGCGGACGAAACAUUCAGGACUUGGAGCUGGUGGAGAAUUUGAGCAAGGGGAGGGUGGACCUGACGAUUGGCAGUGCGCUGGACAUUUUCGGGGGGAAGACGGUGACGUUUGAGGAGUGUUGUCGAUGGAACGAGUCGCGGAGAGGUACGACUGCUUAG